UUCCAGUCCGUGACGUUGCAGCGGAUAUCGAGAGCAAGCUACGAUGGCGACUUUUGGCAAACCCAUGUUCGAGCAAAUCGACUACAUUCGAUUCCCGUCCGAGAGAAUGUACCACAACCAAUGGUUUGAAGAUCCUAACAAGGGGCAGAGACUAUCCGACCUACUCGCUGGUAUGCCUCAUGGUCGACCGUCGAAUGUUGAGCGCAUGUGCACCUAUCCCUGCGUUCUCACGAAUGCAGCGGGGCCACAAAAGGGCGCCAAGGUCAAGAUUCAGCCUCUUAUCGGCAGUGCAGACGACGGCGUUUACCUGCGAGAGUCAGAUAUCAAGAAACUCGGUCUCAGAUUCACCGGAAGGACAAUGAAAACACGCCAAGGAGAGUGCAAGGUGUACGAAGGAGCGGUCGUGCUCAGUUUCCCGAACGAUUACAACGAGGGGAAGACUGUCUACGCUGCAAUCCACGUUCUCGAGCUUCCUGCGUGGGUCUACAAAGGUGUUCGCGUUGACAAUACCGUCAACAGCAAGAAACACGGGAUUGUGGGCAUACAUCUCCUCACUCAACACGUCGUGUAUAUGCAUCGCGGCGACACGCAUCUCAUCGACCUUGGGACGCUCAUCGAUACACCUGCUCUGCAUGACUGCUGCAAGACCAUGACCUCUUUCAACAGUAUGCGAUACGAGAAGCGUGGCCCCGGCCAGCAGCUGAGUAUGGUUCUCUCGCCCUUCCCGGGAGAUCCGCUCAAGAUCGCGCUCGAGGUGGCGCUCCGCUGCCCGAAGCGCCCGCCGUUCACGGUCUUCGACGUCGUACCUCACAGACCAACGGAGGUGGCCAUGUAUCUCUCCGAGGUCUGUCGAGUUUGUGGCAAGGUGGAUGGCUCGGAUGGAGUGAAGAUUGUGAUGUGCACGCGCUGUGUGCAGGAGGAGCGCCCCAGGAGAGCGCUGUACUGCAGCAAGGAGUGCCAGCGCACCGACUGGAGGGAGCGGCACAAGGCGGAACAUGCUGGUGAAAGGCCAUGGGAGGUCAUGGCUAGAACGGACGGGACGACGGCGCCGAAGGAAGAUGGUGCGUUGUCCGUGCCGGUGCACAUCUACGACGAGACUGGAGCUACGUCGAAUGGUAUAAUUUCCGCAGAUAGGCAUCGACGGUAGGUAUUGUGAGGUAGAAAUUGGAAAUGAUCAUGUAUCGACUGCA